GAUUCGAACUUCCUUACUUCUGUGUUAGCAUCCCAGGGGACUUUCGAGUGUGGUUGUGACGUGAAAAUUGUUACUGCUGAGUGUGUAAGGUUUUAUAAGUUCUUUUUUUAUGGAUCCAAGAAUUGCUUGGUAUCCACCUGAACAAUUGGGAUAUGCUCAUGAUUUAUGGACGCGAAUUUGGGAAGCACAAUAUUGUUUAGACAACAUGAUUCUGGGAUCAACAUCGGACCAAAAACCACAAGAUUAUAUUCCACUAGACAGCCCGACAGACUCGAACACUUUACAUAAAAAGCAGGAUAUUGUUCAAAAAAGAAAAAGAAGCGAGAAUCGCGCUUGUACAUAUGGUUUAAACUUUUCUUCAAAUAAAAGGAUUUUAGAGAACGAUGGUCUCACUCCGUGGAGAAAACCUCUUAAAAAAUAUGAUCAUGGUGUUUUUGGGUAAGUAAAGAAAAAAAGUAAAAUGGCGAGAAACUUGUUAUCACUAAACUUCACUAACAGCUGACAGGGCAAAAUCAUAAUCAUGAUGAAUCAUUAUACCUACUAUUUCUAUUUACAUGAUUUGUUAAUACUCUACCACCAAUAUACUCUACCAGAUUAUUAAGACACAAUUUGUGUAAAAAAAUAAAACAAUAAAAUAAUACAGGUUAAUCUUUAAAUUUAAAAAUGGCUACACACUUUUAGACUACUAAUAGAUUCACACAGUCACAGAAUUAGAAAGAAUACAAAUGCAAACGUUCAUCAGUACAACCAAGAAAAACAACUAUUACUAUUCAUAUAAAUAAGUAUAAAUUCAAUUUAAUUUAAGAAUGGGCACAUUCUUAUUCAUUCGUUUUAGGUAGUAUUGUAUUCACACAUUUAGUAUAAAUUAUUAUAAAUAUUCUUUUGAACCUUGUCCUUGUAAUUAGGGGUGUGCCGGAUCCGUUUUUUCCAACCGGAUCCGGAUCCGGAUUUUCUUAUGCGAAAUCCGCCGGAUCCGGAUUCGGCCCCGGAUUCCGGAAUAAUCCGGAUUCCGGAAUAAUCCGGAUUCCGGUUUCUCCCGGAUUUUGGUACUAUUGGUAGAUACUUCGGUAAGUCAAGGUGGACUACUACUUUUUGUGUAUGGGAAUUCGCAAUCGGCGCCAAAAAAUCCGAGUUUUUAAUUUUCCGAUGUGUGUGUCUAUUUAUUAUUAAAUUAGUACUUUCGAUAUAUAUUUGAGUUCCGUUCCAUUUGGAUAAGUGUCUUACGAGAGACGCCAUGUUUCUACGCGUUCGCAGCAGGUUAUGCAGCUCGCUCAACCUAAUUUCGCCAUGGGGUUGGCCACGCCCCCCUUUUUAAUGGCGGAAGUUGACGAUACUUAGGAAAUAUUAAUUUAUUAUCACUAUUUACAUCAAAAUAAUUGAUAACUUGUGUUUCAGAAUGCAUUUAAAGACAUUUAAACUGGAAUGUUUUAAUUUGAGCUUUAACAACCCGGUAGAAUCCAUAUUAUAAAUGAUCAGAAUUUACCGUGUGCAACACGUUGUCAUUGGCAACCAUUCACAGCCACUUGCAUAACUGUAUCGUAGUACUACCUCAGAGUUUCAUUCAUAAGAGUUUGCCGUGUGCAAAAACUAUUAAACCAUUGGUCAGGGAAAGCUUUAAUUAAUUAUUCAUGUGCCAAAGUUGAAAGUUUAAACUAAGUCUAAACAGUAUUUUAGUGAUAAGGCAGGGAAUGCGUUGCCUUAUAUAAACUAUAUAGUCAUUGCGCAUGACGGGAUUGGCGGAAUGAGAUCACAGAAUGUGGAGAUGCAGUCCAUGUUAAAAAAUGACAAACCAAGUCGUACUUUAAAAAUUCAUAACUUUAAAACUACAACAGCUAAAAAUAUGAUUUUGGUGUUAUAAUUCUUUAAAAAAAUUACAUCUUUUCAACUAUGCCAUUGGUUUAUUUUUACAAAAAGUUUAAAUUUUCUUAUCAAAGUCCCUACACUAUUGGCCACUAUUAGCGGUGCUGACUCUAGCCUCUGGUAUGUACGGAAUAUUAAACAUUAAACAAGCUCAACGCUCGAAACAAUCGAUUAAUGUAUCGUGAUCGUGUGGAAUUCGGGAAAGAGAAUUACUUUUAUUUCAGAUUAUGAUCCGGUGAGUCACAAAAUCUGGCAAAUUCCGAAAUCCGGUAUAUUCCGGAAUCCGGUUGUUCCGGAUACAUGUAAAUCCGGCGGAACCGGAUUUCACCGGAUAGUGCAAAAUCCGGCGGAACCGGAUUCCGGACCGGGGUCCGGCACACCCCUACUUGUAAUGUAAGUUGGAUUUUAAUGAAAAACCAGUACUGCCCAUACUGCUAAACCUAUUUUAACAGCCUAUUAGUAUCAUCAUACUAUAAUACUACUAUCAAACUGUAGGCCUAGCCCUAUUCAGCAUUUCAUAUUUAUAUUAACUACUGUGUAAUUAUAAUUAUGGACUGUGGUAAGUUUUAAUUUAAUUAUAAUAUAGUAUAUAGCCUAAAGUCUGUGGGCCAUAUGAAUCUAUGAAUUUAUCUUAUCAACAAAUGAUAUAUUAUACAAUCCUACUGUGGUUUCUAAGCCUAGGCCUAGGGUCCCAUAGUAUUUUACAUUUAAAUAUGAAAAAGAAACUCCCUUUUUUUUUAUUACUAGACUUGCCAUUAAAAAGAGAAGACUCACUCUAAUCCCUAAUCUGUAUUUUAACUCUUAGAUAAUUCAUUAGGCCCCUAUAUGUUUAUACCUUUUGUUAAUGGAAAAAUUGUUUCUAAUACAGAAUAAUUAGUUCUAGGAUACUUGUUAUAGUUAUGCUAAAAAUAUAGGUAUAUUAUUCAUUUUCAUUUGUACUCUUUCUCUACUUGUAUUAUUUUAAUAAGUAUAGACGCCUCUUGACCUAAAUUAUUAUAUAAUAUAGGUCAUUUAGUUAAGGCAGUUUAGAGCUGAUUUCUUCAGUUUUAAAUUAUUUUUAACUGCUUACUGAGUUUAAAUUUGGCUAAUCUUAAAUGCUUGGGAUUCUAUAGGCUAUAGGCCCAUGACAUAGGUAGUGACAUUUUUGUUUUGAAUAGGGAAUGUUAUGAUGAAUACUUUGCUUUUAAUGAAAAACUUCAGGCAUGCACUUGAAAAGGGAUCCUUGUUAACUUUGACUUGGUUCCUUUGAUACACACUAAAUUAGGGGUGUGCCGGACCCCGGUCCGGAAUCCGGUUCCGCCGGAUUUUGCACUAUCCGGUGAAAUCCGGUUCCGCCGGAUUUACAUGUAUCCGGAACAACCGGAUUCCGGAAUCCGGAAUAUACCGGAUUUCGGAAUUUGCCAGAUUUUGUGACUCACCGGAUCAUAAUCUGAAAUAAAAGUAAUUCUCUUUCCCGAAUUUCACACGAUCACGAUACAUUAAUCGAUUGUUUCGAGCGUUGAGCUUGUUUAAUGUUUAAUAUUCCGUACAUACCAGAGGCUAGAGUCAGCACCGCUAAUAGUGGCCAAUAGUGUAGGGACUUUGAUAAGAAAAUUUAAACUUUUUGUAAAAAUAAACCAAUGGCAUAGUUGAAAAGAUGUAAUUUUUUAAAGAAUUAUAACACCAAAAUCAUAUUUUUAGCUGUUGUAGUUUUAAAGUUAUGAAUUUUUAAAGUACGACUUGGUUUGUCAUUUUUUAACAUGGACUGCAUCUCCACAUUCUGUGAUCUCAUUCCACCAAUCCCGUCAUGCGCAAUGACUAUAUAGUUUAUAUAAGGCAACGCAUUCCCUGCCUUAUCACUAAAAUACUGUUUAGACUUAGUUUAAACUUUCAACUUUGGCACAUGAAUAAUUAAUUAAAGCUUUCCCUGACCAAUGGUUUAAUAGUUUUUGCACACGGCAAACUCUUAUGAAUGAAACUCUGAGGUAGUACUACGAUACAGUUAUGCAAGUGGCUGUGAAUGGUUGCCAAUGACAACGUGUUGCACACGGUAAAUUCUGAUCAUUUAUAAUAUGGAUUCUACCGGGUUGUUAAAGCUCAAAUUAAAACAUUCCAGUUUAAAUGUCUUUAAAUGCAUUCUGAAACACAAGUUAUCAAUUAUUUUGAUGUAAAUAGUGAUAAUAAAUUAAUAUUUCCUAAGUAUCGUCAACUUCCGCCAUUAAAAAGGGGGGCGUGGCCAACCCCAUGGCGAAAUUAGGUUGAGCGAGCUGCAUAACCUGCUGCGAACGCGUAGAAACAUGGCGUCUCUCGUAAGACACUUAUCCAAAUGGAACGGAACUCAAAUAUAUAUCGAAAGUACUAAUUUAAUAAUAAAUAGACACACACAUCGGAAAAUUAAAAACUCGGAUUUUUUGGCGCCGAUUGCGAAUUCCCAUACACAAAAAGUAGUAGUCCACCUUGACUUACCGAAGUAUCUACCAAUAGUACCAAAAUCCGGAAUCCGGGAGAAACCGGAAUCCGGAUCCGGCGGAUUUCGCAUAAGAAAAUCCGGAUCCGGUUGGAAAAAACGGAUCCGGCACACCCCUACACUAAAUUGGUUCCUUCUGUACACACAGCAAUGUAACACCCGGAAAAAAAAGUGCACAAAACAUUAGCCAUCAUUUUAUUUUUCACUAAAUUUUAUUAAUUCCUAGUACUGCCAACUUACAUAAAAAAAAAAAAUGUAUACAUAACAUUUUUAUAUAUUUUGUAAUAUAUUAGCCUUAACUUAUUGUACUGCAAAAUUCACCCAAAGACUGUCCAUUACCUCUAAUUUACCAUACAACUUUUGGGAUCCAAAUCCUGUACAGAAAAAAUGGAAAACUCGAAAAAUGUACAAUUUGUAACAUUUUCAUAAUUUUUAUCUGUUUUGAAUGCAUGAAUCAAACAGACCUGUUUACUUGUCACAAAUGACUGGGACAGGGGUUAACAACAGAGCUCCAUUGUUCUUCAGAUAAUUUAUAGGGUGAUUUUGGGGAGGGAACUGUUAGGCGCAUGUGGUAAGGUUAAUAGAUUCUCAUAUCUUAGAGAUUAGGGAGAUCAGACCUGCCAACACUUCCAAUUUUAUUGGAAUUUUACAGAUUUUUUACCCCUCAUUCUGACCUUCCGACAAACCCUUUAAAAUUUCCAUUUUCCGAAAAUUAUAAUUUUUCACCCGUCAUAAAAAUCCGAAAGCAAAAAAAAAAAAAAAAUCGGGUAUGACAGGAGGUGGUGCAUUUCGAUGAUGCCACUUCCUUUGUUUCUAUGAAGGGUCUACAUUUACAGCAACCGUAUAAGUUCUCAGCCUUGUCACAUGACUGUUAAUAGUCAAUCAGAGUUUACGGUACUUCAUUUCAACAAAUUCAAGAUAGUCUGGACAUUUGCAUGAAAAAGAAAUAUAUUCAAUUCUACAAAAGAAAUACUAGAACCAUUGCUGACACAUAUAAUAAACAAAUGGUUAAAAGGGUACAAUGUUAAAUAAAGCGUGACAUGUCCGCUGGAUGAAUAUCUCGUACACUAUUUAUCCAGGUGCCAGACGUGUAGACACUGCCUUGUUUUUAUCCAAGGGAACCACUAUGUCCAAAUAAUGCCUCAAUCACCAAUUAAUCUGAUCAAGAUUCAUCCUUUUACUGGGCUAAAAAAUUAUUUACUUUUGUUGUGACUUUUUUUUUCUGUUCACGCUUUUUGUAAUUAAAUGGAUAAAUCUAUUUAAAGUGGUGGGUACAAUGAUAUUAAAAAACAUAUUUUAACAACAAAAAAACAACAUACAACUGCAGCUAAAAGCAGUGAAUCUAAAAUAUCCAUUCCAUUGUCUAAUUUCUUUGCUAAUGAAUCUGAUGAUUCAGUUAUCAGAUCGGAAGUUUUAUUUACUGCAUUUCUUAUUGAAGGAAAUAUGUCUCUAGCCAACUCCCAUAGUUUUAAUGCCAGAGCCAAAGAAAUGUUUCCAGACUCGAAGAUUGUGAAGAAAAAUUACAAUGCAACAAGCGCAAGCCUGAAAGUUGAUACUCUUUCUAACUUGCCUGUAAAUAUAAUCAAUUGCAAUGUUAACCUUCAGUUGCCCAAAGAGCUGCUUGACAAGUGCGAAAAGGCCACUUGGUAGAUGCUGGAAAACUGAACUCUUAGCAGCCUGUGUCCAUUUCGUCAAUGGAAAAUUGAUCAAUGGGAGUUUGGUCAAACAGAAAUUUGAUCGCAUUUUUAUUUCAGUUAAGACGAUCUAAUUUUCUUCAAAUUUCUUUUUGAACGCACCAUACUAUAUAGUAAAACAAAAUAAUGCGUUCAAAAAGAAACUUGAUACAAAAUUAUAACAUCUGAACUGAAAAUAAAAUGUAUCAAAUUUCUGUUCGGUCAAACUUCCGCCGAUCAAUUUUCGGCUGAAGAAAUUUCUUUCAAACAAAUUUCCAGUAACCUGUGUACAUAUGUAAAUAAAAUGGAUAGUCUGUUCUGUAUAUAAACAUUUCCAGUAAUGUUGUUCUCAUGUUCUGUGGUGCUCUGUGGACUCUACAAAGACAAUGGAGGUAGCUUUAUAUUUCUAUAUUUACUAUUUAAAAAAAAGGCUUGUGGCACUUGUGCAUUAGUAUGUAGAUCUUGAACCAUAUCCCCCCCCCCCCCCCCCCCUUUUUUUUUUUGGCAGGUUGGCGGGUUUGAGAGAUGUUUCUUUCCAAAAUAUUAUGUCUCUGGCCUUCCAGACUUCGCAUUAUAAUUUUAAUGUUAACAACGGAAGUUCCUAAUUGAACGGAAAUGAGGGGGGGGGGCAUGGAUGGGGUAAUAGCUAGCAUUACUGGACCACCUAGGGAGGUAGAGAAUUGUAUAUAAGAUAGAACUCUUCGUGACAAAGGGAAGAGUUAGAAAUUCUUGGACGGUCAUUAUGAAGUGGUAGACGCAGCUAUACUAGACGUAGUCAAGGUUGGAGCCAGUGAUAGACUGUUAGUCAAGUGUUGGGAAAAAAACUGUACUGAAUUUGUUAUAUUGUAUUCAUCAAUACAUCUUUUAUCUAUAACUGUUUCUGAGGAGUUGCUUGAUCAUUCAUUAGUGUUCUGUGUUUUCUUCAUUGAACUUCUCAACUCCUGGACUAGUGAACAAUCACAGAGAGGAACGGCCCCGUACCAGUCACAACAACACCAAUACCACUUGGUACAUGACCAUAAGUACAAGCCAUACCUCAUAACACCAUCCCAUCUGUGACAUUACUCCUACGAUUUUGGCGUACACUGUACAAUUUUGAGAUGUCUUUUACGUUUGUUCAUCAAGACCUCUCACAACUUCAAUUUUAAAAAACUGGGUUGAAAAUAUUUAUUUAUUCCUGUAGUUUUUCUGAUUGAAAAAUAAUAAAUAAAAAAAGUACAUGUUCUGUUGUUUGAUUUAACCUGCUCUUUACAUCCAGCAGUUAAUGGAUCGAGAAAUAAAAUUGGUUGCGGACCAAAUAUUAUGUUUGCCUUGAGAGUGGAAGGCAGUGGGUUGAUUCACGAGAUUUUGUAUCAGGUGUGGCAGGGGAGGGAGCUGUCUAAAUAUUUUAGUCUAUAAAAUUAACAAUGCCACAUUUUUGUAAUGAUAGUGGUGAUGGUCAUAUUUUUGCAUUGUGUGUUUUCAUAAUUAACUCGCUAGGCACAGCAAUAUAAGCGUAGUAGCCUUAGUGACAAUUUUAAUCAAUUUGGCUUUUGUUUUCUUCGGUGCUGUAUGACAUAAUUUUGUGAUAUAAUUAUUUCAUUAGCUCGCUCUGAAUGUUUACUCAAUUUAAAUUGAUAUCUAUAGCAAAUACACGUCUGCAAAACAAAGCGACAGCAGUUUGCAAUAUAAUUGUCAGUCAUCUACCUUUUAGAAGUUCCCUUUUGUGAUGCCAGCAUAACUGGAUCCCAUUAGACAUGCAAUAAUAUCUUCCAUAUGAGAUGCCUGCGUCGCAUCCUUGGUAUUAAAUGGCAAGAAAAAGUGACUAAUAGUGAGGUCCUAAUGCGUGCGAAUACCCAAAGCAUGUUCACAAUCCUUAGUGAAAGACGCCUGUCUACCGAUCCAGUACAAUUUUCUUAGAGUCCCGGCCGCAUUCCGAAAGACCUCCUAUAUGGUGAACUUGCUUCGGGAAAGAGGAAAACAGGUCGCCCACGUCUGCGAUUUAAAGAUGUCUGUCAAAGAGACAUGAAAGCAGCCAAAAUACAUACCAGUGACUGGGAGUAUAAGGCAGAAGACCGAUCUACGUGGCGCACAGUUGUCAAAGAGGGCGUCAUGGUAGCCGAGGAGCGAAGAAUGGAAGAGGCUGCAGACAGAAGGGCUAGGAGAAAGGCCAAAACAUUUAGUAGCACGGAACUCAUGUGUAUAAAUUGUGGUAGAGACUGUCACUCGAGGAUAGGACUGCACAGCCACUCGAGAAAAUGCAACCCAACCCAACGGUGAUGCACCAUCGUCUCACGAGACGGAAGGAUGCUGAUGACAAGUAGUUAUAUUUAUGUAUUUAUUUACUGUUAUAUGUAUUGGACGAUUUUGUACGAUCUUAGGAGUUUGAGGUUAUACAAGUCUGAUCAAAGAUGAAUUAACUCCCCUUUGAUGCACACACAUUUUAGCAUGUUUUAAUUAUUAAUUAAUGGAUAGAUUGCAUUAUAAAAAUGAAAAUAGCUUGUUUUCUAUCUGAUGUUCAUCAAAUUUUGAGGUGUUUUUUGUUUUUUUUUAAGGGUACCAUCAUGGAGGAAAAUGUCAUGAGGAUAGAAGUUGUAUUUUUAUCUCUAUGCACUAUGUAGAUAUAAAAUGUUAAUUGGAAGUUUCUAAUUGGCCAGUGAGAUUUAAGCUUCCUGUUCAACUUUGAAUUUAUUGCACUGCCAAUUUGAACAUGUGCCUUGUGCACUCAGUUUUCUUUUCUCAACACAGUAACAACCUGUACAAAAAUCAGUACAGCCAUACACCUUGGCAAAUCUAAAAACAAAAUUACCGUACAUGUAAACCGUACAGGUUGGCGUGCAUUCAUUUACAUUUAGUAAUUAAGUAGGUAUUCUGCAACCAUGAGGAAAUAAUUGUAUUUAUAAGUAUAUAUAUUCACUUAAGCUUAGGUCCUAUAAUAAUAUAAGAUAUAAUAGUAUAUUGAAAUAAGUUACAUAGCUGGCUCCACACAUUGUCGAAUUAAGACCUGCCCACAAGCAGUUAAAAUGUUGCUUUCUCACGGUAGUGUAACUAGGGGGUGUGAAGGGGGAGGCCCCCCAAUCAAAUUUUAGCAAUAUCCGUCAUUUUGAGUUUGCUUCAACCUUAUUCUAAAAUAUCUCAAAUAAGAAAUGAAAAUAUUUUCCAGAUAACUGAAAUUUGACGUUUGUUUAAUUCUAGUCAUUCCUUUUGUCAUCAAAUUGUCAAUUCUUUGAUGAUUAUGCAGUCUUUGGAAACGUUUACCACUUGUGUUGUUAAACUUUUUUUAUUACCUCCUAUUUCUUUAAAUUGGUUUGCAUAAAGAUGCCCCAGAUUGCCAUCAGUACUUUACAUAUUACUACAUCAAUACAAGUACAUUCAAGAUCAAAUAAAAUCCCUUGAAAUUGGAUCCAUUGUCACAGGCUCCUGGUCACAUGGCUCUUUUGCCCUGACUAUAUCCGGCACUGAUUCUACAUUCCGUAAAAGAAAUUGUUACAAGGAAAUAAAUUAAAAUUAUUAUUAUUAUUAGGAUGUAGCAAAGAGAUUUGAAAUUUUUUUUUAUUAAAAAAAUAAUUUGAAAAUAAAAAAGUUCAGAUGAAAUUAGUUGAACUGUGAGUGUGAGACUUACUUAAUUCAUUCAACCUCUUUAGCUCUUCUUAGACACAUUUUUAUACAAAUCUGCCAAAAUUGUUGCUUCCAUUACCGGUAUCCAAAUAUAAUGUAUAGAACAACCAUCCCUGAUCUAGGUUUUCACCAUUUAGAAAAAUAUGGGUUAACAAAAUUAAGUUGUGCAAGGAAUAAAUUGGUAAAUCCAGGAAUGUAAAAAUUCUGCCCGAAUUUGUCAUUUCAGUUUCCUUUAAGGCUGUAGACACAUUUUAUAUAAGAAUGCUCAUUCCAUUGUAUACUAUCGUGUGCUGAUUUCAUAAUUCAGAUUGGUUCCCUUUGUAUAUCUUAUUUACUCUAUUUUAGAUUCACUCUUGUGUAUCUCCCUGAAAUGUUUCACCAUAUACCGCAAUAUGUAAUACAGAAUGACUAUCACUGAUCAGUUGCAUUGUUAUCUGGGGGGGGGGGGGGUUUGUUUGAAUCCUGUACUUCUAUUGGACAUUUGUUUGUUUGACUGUUGUUGUUUUGCGUGUGGGGGGGGGUUGAAUCCUGUACUUCUAUUGGACAUUUGUUUGUUUGAUUGUUGUUGUUUUGUGUGUGUGGGGGGGAGUUAAUUUUAUUAUGGAUACUUGUAUGUCCAGAAUCUGUCCAGGUUCAGUCACCUAUGGCACGGGUGGGCAAACUACAGCCCAUGGGACACAUGCGGCCUGACAAUUGAUGUUAUGCGGCCCCCGAGGGCAUUUAGAAAUUUAAAAAAUUACUUUGCUUUUAAGUUAUCUUGAAAUUUACAGAAUUUUCAUGUGCCGUUAUUAUUGUUUUAACAUUUUUUUAAUAAAACUUCUUUCCAAUUUAACAGUCCUUGUCCUUUGUAAGGAAAUGCUAAUAUGGCAAAAUAUAUAUGCAGCCCUCUAAUAGCUUGUCAUUUGUCAAUUUGGCCAUACGCACACAAAGUUUGCCCACCCCUGAUCUAUGGUAUUGUCUGAUUUUUAUGUCCAGAAUCUGUCCAGGUUCAGUCACCUAUGGUUUUGUCUGAUUUUUUUCUCCCUCUUAGUUCACAACCACAAAAUACUGAGAGACUAUAAAAAAUAUAUUUGAAUCCACUAAACUGCUACUUUAUAUCUAUAUAUAUUAAAAAUGUGUUUUGAUACACCAUUACUCAACAAGACAUUUGUUUUAAUACAAACUGCGUGGUCAUAUACUUGAGCCAGUUUCCUCCGUAAAGUACCUGGGUGUUACCAUUCAAUGAAAUAUAAAGGUCAGCUGGGACGAGCAUAUUAAAAAUGUUAUCAACCAGGCAAACAAGACCCUGGGGUUCUUAAGGCGUAAUCUAAAGAUUGGCAACUCCUGUGUGAAAGAAAGAGCCUAUAAAGCCUUUGUCCGUCCGGUUUUAGAUUAUGCAUCUUCAGUCUGGGACCCAUUUACCCAGAAGAGCAUAGACAGGUUGGAGGCAGUCUAGCAAUGGGCAUCACGCUUUGUCCUGAACCGCUACAGGAAUACCUCUAGUAUUGGCAGCAUGCUGGAAACACUAGGCUGGUCACCAUUUGAGGAACGAUGACUUUCCAGACUCUCCAUAAUGUACAAGAUAAAUAAUGGGCUGAUCCACUGUUCCAGUAUUAAACAGAAACUCGUCCCUCCCCCCAUAGACAGCGAUGAGGCUAUGACAGGCAAUUCCGGCUCAUACCAGCGAGAAGCCAAUAUAGGAACUGCUCAUUCCUGCCAAAGACAAUCAUGGACUGGAACAAACUUUUAAAAGGAACAGUUGAGGUGACAACACUUGACACACUAUUGCCUCAGGCCUUCCAAACCCCAGUGUAUGAUACCCUCACAAAGUAUCCCUUGCUACCAGUGAAAUAUCCUCAACACCAGGCACAGAAACAUUGCAAAUCCCCUCUACAUGCAUAGGAGCCAAAAUGAUCAAUAAAUUGAUUGUGGGCCCUUAAUAUAUAGAAGAAGAAGAAAGUUAAAUCCAUGAUGGAAGAAUCUUUUAUUCCUUCAUUCUAUAUCUGCAUUUAUUAUUGUGUUUGUGUGUUUGGGUAUUUAUUCCAUGAAAAUUAUUACAAAAAGCCCAAAUUAAAAAUGUAAAAAUUGAAAUAAACAAGAAAAAUAUUUUUGGUGAUUAUUUUAAAGCAUGGGUGGCCAACCCAAAAGGCUUUGUGUGCCUCUUUGAUAGCCAGUAAAUCGUUUGCGGGCCGCAUGUCUUUAAUCCUUUUAUUAAAAUAAACUCUCUCUGAAUGAUGUGUAGAAAUAUCUAAUUUUAAUGCACAUAAUAAAUUGCUAAAUAAAAUGAAAUGCUAAAUAUCAAAAUAAAACUAAUGUGAUAUCAUUUUAUCUUUCCUCUCACAUAUCUUUUUGAAAUUCAUUUCUUUGUCAAUUUAAUGAUGAACAAAUAGUUAAAUUUGUGAUGAAUCAGGCAUUCAUGGGCAACAGUAUUUGACAUGGUGGGCCGCAUGCUGGCCACGGGCUGUUAAAACAAUUGUAUUUCGGGUGUAAAUGUUAGCCAGCAUUGGUGAAAAGAAAUGGUCAUGGCAUAUCAAAUGCUUGGGUUGUCCGAGCUGUACUUUCAUGUUCAAAAUAGGACUUCAUUUGUGCAGUCACCAAGUGAAUGGGGAAUUUUACAAACAACGUUAAAAUGGCAAAUUCUAGUCUAGUCAUUGUGCUACUUAGGUUUUGUUUAGACAGAUACAGACCAAUUCAGUUUGAAACAUCGCUAAUAAAAGAUCCAUUUGGUACAGAUGCACCAUUUUAACUAAUCUUGAACAUUAUAUAGAUAGACUUUUCUUGUUUUUUUUUUCUUUUAAGCAGCGCCUUAUUUCUGCCAGUUGCUACUAAGGCAUUCUUAUCAUUCUAAGUUCUUAAAAAAUUCUAGCAUUUCAGGGACAAAUUGGGACUUUUUCUAUUGUGUUUUUGAAAUGUGUUUCUAUGAUCUUAUUCAAAACAUAAAUUCAAUUUGUUAACUACGUUGUUGUCGUCAUCCCUAUUUUUACUUGUACACCUACCAGUGAACAUUCUUGAUUCCCAAUUGGACUGCCCAGUAUAUUGAAUAGUAAGGCAGUGCCCAUUUCAUUUUUCCCCAUAUUGAUUGGCGUAUUUCUGAGAACUGCAUGGACCACUGUUGAGACAAUAUCGAAACUGAAACACUUUAUGUGUAUAGUAAGCUUUCAUUGCACUAAGCCGAAAUUUGUUUAAAAGCUUUGUGCUAGUCAGUAUUGUUUUCCUUAAUUUUUUUUUUAAACCGUAAAAACAAAAAAAGGUAACCCUCAAACGGAAUGGGAAAUCUCAUGUCUGUAUUGAAUCGGUGACGUCGCCAUGAUCGAGUUUGUCUGAAUCAUAGUAACGUUAGGUAAUGGAUGUUGGUCAUGAACUCAUAAGGCAAACUGGAAUAAAACACGAUUAUGAUUUAGUUUGGAAGUAAGUUUUCUUUUGACUCCACCUAAAUUGUCGUAUUUGUUGCUAAAAUGCCUAUCAAAUGCUGUUUUAGUCACACAUCAUAUAAAACAAAAAUUGCUUUUAUCAAUCGAGUUUUAAUUAUAUUGCCGAAUAGCGUUUGAAAUCAUUAUAAAACUCGUUUAGCAGAACUGUUAAAAAAGGUCCAAGUUCCACAUAGACAGUUGUUUUUAAUGUCCAAGUUUCACAGAGACAGACAGCUGUGGUUUAACGUCCAAGUUUCACAGACUCUGACAGCUGUUAACGUUCGGGUUUGGUCCGAUCACAGGGUCGUGUAGGAGAGAGAGGGAGAAAUGAGCCGCUCAUCCAUCCACUCGAAGAGCAUCUCGUGAGAUAUGUGCAUGGCUGAGGUUUUGUACCGUCACCUAUAACGUUGUUUACAUAUUAUUGCUGGCAUGGCUUCAGCGUGUUCAAGUGGAAACCUUUUUUUUUUUCCUUUUAAAAUAUACCAGAAAGUUUGAAACAAAUAUUAAUAUUCCCAGCACGUUGAUAGCAUCGUGUGAAAAGUCUAGCUAUAUUCAUUUUCACGGACUGCCACAACGUUAGUAAAAAAAUAUGUGAUUGAAUUAGCUGCGCGUUAUGUUAAAAGAACGUAACAACUCUUUGAGCACACACAUUAGCGGGUAUUGAAGAGACAGUAACAAUUUCAUCUGUAUAACGUCAGUGACAAUUUCAUCUGUAUAACGUCAAUAACAAUUUCAUCUGUAUAAACGUGGCUCGACACUGUUCAAACGAUGAAUUUUCUCCACGUUUUCUAUUACCCAGGGUCGCCAACCAUGAUCCAUUGGCAAAAACACUGAAUGGUGACUUAGUACAGUAUUGAACAUAGUCUGUUUAUAUAUGUCAUACACAUUACUUACGGUUGUGGGAGAGAAUGCACAAGUGGGGGGGGGGGGGGCGCUACUACCAUAAUCCAAGCUGUCACUAACAUUGAUAGCUGUUCAUUCUCGAGAUGUUGGUAACAGUAGUUGGUAUACAUGUAAGUAAGCGCACUAUAUUUUCCGUAAACCAAGUUAAGACCUUGAAGCUCGGUGUGGAAAUUCAAAUUUUCUACGCAUGUCACUUGUCCUCGUCUGUUCAAUUAAUCUGGGACCACUGUCAGAUUUUAGAAAUGUGCGUGGAUUCAUUUUAAUGAGCUGCUGCGAUAUAAGAUAUGCGCUUGGUUAUUCCAUCUGCACUAGACCCGUGGUUAUUCCAUCUGCACUAGACCUGUGGUUAUUCCAUCUGCACUAUACCUGUGGUUAUUCCAUCUGCACUAGAACUGCACCGGAUUUCUGCCUCUAGGAAUAAAAUGAGAACAGGGGUGGGGAAACUUUGCGUGCGUAGGGCCACAUUGACAAAUGAAAAGCUAUUAGACUUAUUAGAGGGCCGCGUAUAUAUUUUUGCAAUAUUAGCAUUACAUCACUGUUUACAAAAAUUGGAAAGAAAUUUUAUAAAAUGUUAAAACAAUCGUAACUGUCCAUGAAAUUCUGUAAAUUUCAACAAGACUUAAAAACGAAGUAGUUUUUUAAAUUUUCUAAAUGUCCUCGGGGGCCGCAUAACAUCAGUUGCCGGUUCGCAUGUGGCCCGCGGGCCGUAGUUUGCCCAUCCCCGAAUUAGAAUAUGGGGGGGGGGGGGCACCGGUCAUAAUUUCACUAAAUCAGCACCUGAUUUCUGACACAGGGAAGGAAAUUAGAAUCCCGGUUACCACUGUUGCCGGUUCGCAUGUGGCCCGCGGGCCGUAGUUUGCCCAUCCCCGAAUUAGAAUAUGGGGGGGGGGGGCACCGGUCAUAAUUUCACUAAAUCAGCACCUGAUUUCUGACACUAGGAACGAAAUUAGAAUCCCGGUUACCACCGUCAUAUCUUUCUAAAGCUGCUUCCUUUGGGGAGGGGAGGGGGGGGAUUCCCCCCUCCCCCUACAGAAGUAUGACCGGACCAUUCAAUACCUAACCAAUCGAGAUGUUGUUGUGGAUCUAUUUUCUCAAGGGCUAGUGGGCUCGGGACUAUUUUAAGGAGCCAGCCAUUUCUUCGUGUGUGUAAUUGUGUUGCUUUAUAUAUUUAGAACCAUGUUCACGAUCUUCAUGACUCGAAGUUUGAUCUUGACACGUCUAUCCCAUUACCAUUUAAGUGUUCAAAAUCUAAGAGGUUAGCCAUCUGAAUAAGCUCGGCAAAAUCGCGUGAUGGGAGCAGCGCCAAAAUGUCCAUUCAUUGGACUUUUUACACAAACAACUCUAUGUUGGAUGACUAGCUAAUGAUUAAGUAGGACCUCAUGAGGUGCGGACAUUAAGACGGCACCAAAUACCCAAUUAUAAGGGUGACAACUUGUAUUUAUAAUUAGAGGAAUUACAACCGGCAUGUUAUUCGCAACUUUUGCUUGGCGCAGUCUCAUUUCCUCGCCGGGUCGGUGUAUUGUGAACUGAGCAAAGUCUAAUCUUGAUAAUUAAUUUGAAGUGUGCACUUUUGUCAAACACACAGUAACAUUUUUACUUAAUAGUGACUCACAGAAAUAAAUCUGUGCUGGAACAUUCCUAUCAUUAGCUUUACAUGUGUCCGCAAUGGAUGACGCUCGCAUGACGUCAUUCGCCGGAAUAGAAUGAAGACGUGUCACCGACUCCAUAUCCCCGAACUCCAUCUCAACAGUGACAUCCAAAACUGCUUAAAACUUUCCCGAAAACGCACUUUCAGUUUAAACGGAGACCUGCCACCGUGCGUGGUAGUCAUAAAAUGACUUAACUGAUGAGUGUGUAAGCCAAGCUUUGUGUGUUGUAUCACUACAGAGUAGGAUCGCUGCAUGUUUAACAAUAGCCCCUGUGCCCUAGUCUUAAAUUCACUUGUUGUCCAUGCGUUUGAUACCGGCGUAUCGUUCUAAUACGGGAGCCCGUCCUUCACGUCAGGCGAGGGGGUUGUCUAAUGACGUACUGCCCACGCACUCAGUGCGCCACGUGAAAACUUCACGCACACUCAGCACGUUUCUGACAUUCCACGCAAAGCUUGGGCUGUUUUCGUCGCCCGCCCCUACAGCUGGCUUGCAGUUCACUCACGACUGUUAUGACUGUGAUCUAGUUUACCUACGGCUACUGGCUUGAUACCGCCUCCACCGUCUCCCAGACUGAUUAGAUUUUAAACUGUAUCCAAGUUCUAUUAAAAAAAUCACCCGGUUUUCUUUGUAUAGUUGACUCCUGCAAUGAUCAUACUAUCUUUCUUUGAUGCGUUACAGUAUGUCAUUUAAAGUUAAUAUUCGUGCGCUACAUUUUUGGCUACUUCAGGUUCAAUAAAAGGCUAUAUUAUUAUUAUAGGCUUGUAGGGUCGAUUCAUAUAAUAAUCUGGUCAGUUUCAGGCAUCUGUCAAUAGCUUCCUAAGUCCUGUAUAACUAACAAACUAUUCAUGAUUUAAAAAAAACAAAACAAUAUCGUGUCAAAGACACCCACCCCAUUUUAAAUGAAAAGUAAAGAUUUUAUGUUCUCAUUCUGUUAGGGAAGUUAAGAAUGUACUUGCCAAUGACCUGUGGCUAAUAACUGUAACUCAUUGACAUGAAUCUAAUGCAGGCACUAGGCUCCCUUCUUAAGUAUUCACAAGAAUAUUUUGUCUUCAUUCAUAAUCAUAGGAAUCUAAGGCAGAAAUUAAAAUUUUCCCUCAUAUUCACAAGAAUCUAAUGUUGUAAUGCAGGCGUUAAACAUGUUCUCCUCAAUAUGCACAGGAAUCUAAGGCAGUCUUUCCUUCAAAUUCACAGGAAUCAAACACACUAUUGUAGAUAUUAAACCAGGGGUGGAUAACCCAAGAGGCUUAGUAGGCCUCUUUGAUAUUCAUUUGCAGGCUGCAUGUCAUUACAUCCAUCCCUGUGGCGCUACAGCCCAUUUAGGGCUUUGGCCUGCCUCACCACUUCCUUCCACUCAGACCUAACUAAUGCCUUUCUUUUCCAUGCUUGGACUUUCAACUGCUGUAGAUCUUUUUCCACAUCAUCUAUCCACCUAAGCCUAGGUCUGCCUUUGAGCCUUUUUCCUCUGGGGUAUUGGUGAUGCAUCCUCUUCGUUCCUCUGUCAUUGGCAUUCUCUCUAAGUGUCCUGCCAAGCGUGCAUGUCAUUACACCUAUAUUAAAAUAAACACCCGCUAAAUGUUUAUCUCAUCUUAAUGCACAUCAUGAAUUUCUAAAUAAACAAAAUGUAUGCAAUAUCAUUGGUUCUUUUCUCAUUUAUAUUUUUACAAUUGAUUUCUUCGUCCACCAAAUAAAGAACGAUGAAGUUUGAGGCGGGCCGCAAGCUGUUCUGUUUUUGAACUCACAUACAUCUAAAGCAGGCAAUAGAGUUUUCCUGUGUAGUCACAGGAAUCUUUUAUGUAUACUAUCACAAAGUAAUGCAAUAAUAACGAAACAAAAUCUCUCUAGCUCAUAAUUUUCAUCCCCUUCUGUAUCCUGAUAAUCUGAUUUCUCAAUGUUUGCUUUUUUCUCCCUCAUUACAGUCCUCUAUCUAUAGUUAAAAUGCAGGUUGUAUGUCAUCUAUGUAUGUGAAAUUUUUAAAAUUGGAUACCAUAUCCAAUCCAUGCAGAGCAAACUAUAUCUGAAUAGUCAUUGUUAUGCUUCUGUAACUGUCAGCUGAGAUGUUUAAAGAUUAUUUAAGCCUGGUGCCUGUAUUGAGUAAUGUAAAUUUAGUUAUCUUAUUGAUUUAUGCUAGGUGAUAGUUUUAAACCUUUUUAUACAAUAGUCUUUUUAAUUUGAUCAUAACAUGUUAAAAUGUUUUCUAAUCAUGAGAUCUUUGUGCAUGUGCUGAGGCCAUGCAAAUUCAAAAAUAUACCUAGGUUAUUGGGUGUAUUUAAAGAAAAGCACUCACUCUUUUCAGAUGAUGCUGCUCUGAAAGAGAAUCAGGGAACUCGAUAAGCUAAUGGAAAAUUAAUUUUUAUCCUGAUUCAUUUUUCCAAAGAAAUGUAGCCUCAAGGUCCUCAAGCUAGAAAUUAUGUGUAGUUUACUUUGCAGUUUCCAUUUGAAACCAGUCAGAUUCUUCUAAUCAGUAUUCCAAUUUUAUUUUAAUAUAGAUUGCAUGAAGAGAUUAUUGACUUCUACGAACACAUGUCUCCUCAACCUCAGGAAGAAAGUAUGCGCAAAGCAGUAGUAGAUCGUCUGAGAUCUGUUAUAAAAGGUCUUUGGCCCAAUGCUAAGGUAAUAAUUUUAACACUUGCUGAAAAUGUUAACAAUUUAUAAAAACAUAUUUAACUAUUUUGAUAAUAAAGGGACUAUAGUAAAAAUAUCUUUUACAAUGUUAAAAUACGAUUUUUAAUCUAUAACUGUUUGCUUUAUUUUUCAACAGGUUGAAAUUUUUGGCAGCUUUAGAACUGGACUUUAUCUUCCCACCAGGUAGUAAAGAUUCUCCCACCUGAAAGCUUUCAUUACAUAAAAUCUUUGGAGAUAAUGAAUAAGAAUCAUAGUGAACUAUCAAUUGUUAAAACUAAUACACAAGUUCACUCUAGGAAAACCGCUGUUGGAUUUUUUAAAUCAGAUUAUAAAGGAUUACCAUUAUAUAUUGCCCUUGUUAUAUACCGUUAUAUGGUUUUGAAAUUUAAUCUAUUUUAAGAUUUGCCUUGUAGAAUGAACAAUACAUAACAAAGGACUUAAAACAAAUAUAUAUAGAAAAACGGUACUAAAGCUAGUGAUACUAACAAUAUUCAAUUUAAUUUCACUAGAAAAUGUCUAUAAAAAUGCAAGCUAAAAUAAAAAAAAAAAAAAAAAAAAACUUUAUCAAACUAAAAAAUGUCUAAAAAAAUGCAAAAAAAAAAAAAAAAAAAAAAAAAAAAACAACUUUAUCAACUUACAGCUCAGCAAGUGAAAUGUUACCUCUAAAAAUACAAAUGUUAAUAUACACACACUUAGAGUACAAUCAAAUUUUACAUACCAAAAAUCUCUCCUUGGCAGCUAGGAAAGCUACCGAUAGCUACAGGCCUAUAUAUAAGGAUUAAAUAAGAACCAUAUAGUAAAGAAGUUCUAGAAAGUGCGGCAUUCUUUAGAGCAAAAAUAGAACGUUUUUGAAGGAAAAAAAACAACUUUCCCCAAUAUAUGGGGGGGGGGGGCACCACCGCACUACACAUUUAAUUGGUGACGUCAAAAUCAAAACAAAGGGGGAAACAUUUUCUGGUAGCUAAAAUUAGCCCUACACAUAUGCGCCAUAACAGCUUCAUAAAAUAUAUUUGGUGCUUCGUAACUAAUCAGUGAAGAUUGGAAACAUUUUGUAAUCAACGGAGAGUACCGAUUUUGAAUUUAAAUAGGUGACUGAGCAUGAUUUAAAAAAACACCUGACUUUUUAUUAUAUACCAUGCUAUUGUUUCUGUUAGAAGAAACAGUUAUCUAUAACACAGUUCCUUUGUUUUGAUUCUCAGUAAUUCAAAAUCAGCAGUGAAUAUUGGUAGAAUUAGCUUAAAUAGAUUGAACUUUGUGUCCAUGUCUCUUCUUCGCUCUUGUUCAUGGGGGUUAAUCUUUUUCCUACAGAGUUUUUCUCAGACUUUUUUUUAAAAAUAAAUACCUAUAGAUGACUUAAAACCAAUUGCCCAUAUUUUUGCAUCAAUGGAACAAGAAAAUUAAAUUAUGAUAUUAUGAAGUAUUAUUUAGUUGACAGUCUUGGAAAGAUAAUGACUGAAAAAAUGACCCACUUUGCUCUGAAAAAUCCCCAUUUAUUACUAUUCAUUAUAUGAGUGGAAUAAAGUAAAAAUAAAAAACAACAAACAGAAAGCAGCAAAGGAAACAAAAUAGUCUUUUAUCUGAGCAGAGCUUAUGUUCACUCGACCCUUUUUAUUUGAAAUUUAAUAUAUUGGCACAAAGCUGAUAAAAGGAUAAUUUAUUACUAAUUUCACGUUUCCUGCAGCCUUGACACAUAUCAAUGUAUGCUUUUAUGCCAUAACAAAAUAUCUGUAUUUCAGUGACAUUGACUUAGUUGUGUUUGGAAAUUGGGACUCCCAACCGCUCUUUACGUUACAGAAUGAAUUGGUUGCCAGAAAAGUCGCUCACCCCUCCACUAUCAAAGUUUUAGAUAAAGCAUCUGUAAGUUUAUAAGAUUGUAUCUAGUGCCACAAUUAUCAAUGGAAUCAUUCAAUUUUUAUUUACGUUUGUUUUGUGAUGAAUUCAUGAUUACUUUACUAGACUCAUUUUCAUUGCAAAUUAUAUUUUAAGCAAUCGUAAGAAAAAUAUGUUUUAGCUCCUCAUUCGAGAAAGGCAUCUUAUGUUUGGCAAGAUUAUUUUUUAAAAAUGACAUUCAAUGUAAGUUGUUUUAUUUACUUGUUUUAUUUUUAAAAUUUCAAUUGUUAACUGAGGGAUUUAAAAAUUAUGGGCAAAAAGACAAAAAUAAACUGUUUUGUUAAUGGCCUUAUUAUAUUUCUAUGUUUCUUAAAAACCCUUGGCUGUUAAAAUUACAUUUUAAUGAGACUUUCACCAAAUCAUUACUAUAGUGUUUUGAUUGAAUCUUGUUUCAGGUACCUAUAGUUAAAUUGACUGACUCUGAGAGUGAUGUUAAAGUGGAUGUAAGUUUUAACACUGAUAGUAACCAGAAUUUUGGUGUGGAGAGUGCUCGUCUUAUAAAGGUUGGUUUUAAAAGAAAUAUUUGUUUGCAUUAACUUAUAACAAGUCAAUUGAAUUUUGUUUACGUAAGAAAACUUAAGUAUUUCAGUAUUUUAAUUAUCAUUUCAUAUGAUAUUAAAUGUAGAACUGGAAAUACAGACAUACUAAAGCCUUUGUCACUCUCUGUUGAGAUAUUCCUUUCCAUCAGUAUUAUGUUUCAAAGGAUAGGAUAGGGAAAAAUAUACACAUUAUAUGAUAGGUUACCAGGUUAAUUUGUGUGUAAUCAGGUGGGAAAGACUUGUUUUUGUUCAUAUCUUAAUCUUGUGUGGUUCCAGAACUUCAUUAAAUAACUUGGAAAUAUUUGGAUUAAAAUAUUUGCAUCUCCAUAGAAUUUGGUCCCUCUUCCCUUUUAUUUUCAAAAUUUUGGAAUCAAGCUAAUGACAACCAUAUAUUCACAAAUUUAUCUGCCAAUGCUCUUCAUAUAUAUUAUAUAUAUUUAUAUUAUCUAUGCUUAAUUGCAACUGCUACAUUCUGGCUUUACAUACUUCUGACAACUUAUUUAGAAUAUAUGGCAUGGAAAAGUAUUUGAUCAUUACAUUUGUGGCCUUCUCCCAACAACAAAGACAAUUAUAUAAAAUUAAUGAGAAAUUAUUUUAUGAUCUUUUUUUUAUUUUACAAACUUGCAGGAUUACAUGAAAGAAUACGACUGUUUAAAAUAUUUAGUUUUGGUGCUCAAGCAGUUUCUGCUCCAAAGGGACCUGAAUGAAGUGUUCACAGGGGGCAUAUCUUCAUAUAGUCUGACCUUGCUGGCAAUUAGUUUUUUACAGGUACACAAUGUCAUAACAAUUUUUAAGUGGAUUUAGCUCAUCCAAAUUUCUGUUAUCUAUUUAUAGUGCUUGGUCUAAAUUUAUUUCAAGGUAUUUCAUUCAUAAUUUGUAAUUUUGAAGCUAAACAUACAUUUUUAUUAAUUUUAAGGUAAUUAAUUGCUGAUUUCAAAUUCUAUAUUAAAGAGUUCUUAUUACAAAUACUCUUACAAAGAUUAAACUACUUGUAUGUGCAUUUGUGUUCAUCACAGCUACAUCCAAGGGCUAAUGCUACAAAGGCACAAGUUAAUCUGGGGAUUCUGCUGAUAGAAUUUUUUGAGCUUUAUGGACGCAACUUCAAUUACCUGACAACUGCUAUUCGCAUCAAGAAUGGAGGAGCUUAUCUUCCAAAAGAUGAACUAUCGAAAGACAUGGAGAAUGGUUACAGACCUUCUAUGCUGUGCAUUGAAGAUCCACUCAAAGCUGGUAGCUAAAUAUUUUUAAAAAUAAUAGUAAAACAUAAUUUUUGAACUUAUUUUGAGCAUAAGUUCAAAAUUGUUGCUCUAAUACAUGGAAAUUGUUUGCAACCUCUAUUAGUUACGAACUCUGAUGGAAAAUAAAUAAUUUUAUAAUUAAUGCCUAGCAUCUAUUUAUUGCUUUUGUUGUAAUAUUUGUGACAGGAAAUGACAUUGGACGAAGUGCAUUUGGAGCCAUGUCUGUAAAAAAGGCCUUUGAGUAUGCUUAUCUUGCGCUCAAUCAUGCUGUUGCGCCACACAAUAUUCAUCUGUCACAGCACAAUGAAAGGUAAACCUGUAAUACAAUAAUUAAUGUCAAAGGACAAAAAUAAAAAUAUAUUUCUUUCACCCAUAAACACAAGCUAUGAUGCUAAUAUUAUAAAACUGAACAAUAAUUAUGCCUAUGCUAUAAUGACUAACUGAAGAUUUAUGCCUUAUGUCAUAUAAGUGCUUAGGAGUAAAAAACACAUAUAGAUUUAUUCAAUGCUCUGUGCUAUCAUAUAAAUUAAUGGGGGGGGGGGGGCAGUUUUUUUUCCACUGAGUCUGAUUAUUUUUGGAAAAUACCCCUUUGGAAAAUACCUGGGGGGUCCAAGUUUUUUUUAUUCAAUGCUCUGUGCUAUCAUAUAAAUUAAUGGGGGGGGGGGGCAGUUUUUUUUACACUGAGUCUGAUUAUUUUUGGAAAAUACCCCUUUGGAAAAUACCUGGUGGGUCCAAGUUUUACCAAAAAAAUGUUAACUUCUUAUUUGCUAUAAUAUAUGCCAGCUUUUAAACAAUAUUAUUUAGACAGUCCUACACACUACCUGCCAGCCUUUAAACAGGCCUACAGACAGUCCUACACCCUAUACAUCUGCCUUUAAACUGUAGUCCUACAGAAUCCUACACCAGACAUGUGACUCUUUUAGUCGCCUCCCCCUAAAGAAUAAAAUCAACCUAAACAGAGUUCAGAUGUAAUGCAUGAAAGCUUGCUGCUCGACAGCCAUUUUUUUCACUCUGUACUAUUAAUAUUAGGUGGAGUUGGGGGAGGGCUGACUGAAGAGGAAGCAGGGAGAACCAGAAGCAAAAUAUAUAUGAUAUAUAUAUAUUUAUAUAUAUAUAUUACAAAAAUGUUAACAAUUAUUUUCUCAAAUAAAAUCCACCAACUCAUGUUGUUAACAUUUAUUUUUCUUGGAUAGCAUCCUAGGAAGAAUUAUCAGAGUUACAGAGGAGGUCAUUGAGUACAGGUCGUGGGUAAAGAAUAAGUUUUCAAAAAGACAAAAGAUGAAUAAGGAGAAUAUGUAUGACGUGGCACCAUUUGAGUCUUCCCCACCACCACCACCACCCCCAGCAUCACCCCCAGCUGCAGAUUCAGCUCCCAUGAAAGCAACAAGUAGUAAACAGGGAUCACAUCAACAAAGUAAUGAGGUUUCCUAUGCUGCUGUAGCUUCUAGAAAAACUGAAGUUGCUAGGUGAGUUGAAGGAAUUUUUUUAAAUCAGUUAUUGGCUUCACAUAAAUACCUGACUUUAACGUAACUGUUGGGGGGGGGGGUGUUUGGGUGUAGUUGCUAAUUAUGUCUGUCAAUUAUAUUUUUUAAGUGGUGAUGCUGCAUUAUAUUUUAUUCUUGUGUCUGAAUGAGCUGUUUUCCAUUGUUUUGUUGCAAGUGUUUGAAAUUAAGAAAUCUUAAAUUGAUCUGCUAUAAGUUAAUCCACCUCAUCAAAUAAAAUAAUAGUUAAUUAAGACUGGGGUUUUACAUAAUCCGUGCUUAAUGUACAGUUAAGAUGUUUAUUCUUUAAUUUUAAUUUCUGUAUAGCGGUGUGUAAUUAUUUUAAAUGUUGUUGUUUUUGUUGUUGAGCCUUCUCGUCCAUGAGGGGCAUCCACCGAUCAUCGUCGGCGUCUGCGUUUCCUCCAAGGGCAUAGGCCACCUACGAGAGACCUCCAGGCAUCUCUAUCCUGGGCCAGCUUCUCCAGGAUCAAGAAAAUUGGCCAUGAAUGGAAUUAUUUUAAAUGCUUUAUUUUUAUUGUCCUGUCUUUCUAUUUCAAGCUUCCACACACCUUCUUCCACUUUUUCCUUCACACAUGUUGAACUCGGUCUUUGAUUUAUUAUCCUUUUUUUUUUUUUCAGAGGGGCAUCAAGCAGCAACUUAGCUGAAGCAAGGAAUUCCAAUAGCCUGACUAGUCAAGAGGGCAAUGGUGAGAGCGAGGCCAGUGACUCCUGCGGGAACAGCUCAGGUUACAAGUCUUCAGCCAGCUCACAGGCCGGGUCAGAUGGGAACAUCAGUGACACUGUAAGAAAUAAAUUCAUUUGAAUUCAUCAUCUCCUUCUUAUGAUUUCAUCCAAGCCCUCUAUUUUCAUGUAACUAUUUAGCAUUUCUACUUAACCAUGCUGGCUGUGCUUUUUAACCCUGGCACUGCUACUAUUUUAUAGUUUUGGCAAGCAGUCCAAACAGAAUAUGCAGUGAUCUUUCUGAAUAGCUACACAAGUGGGCUUUUGAAACUGCUUCACUUAAAUAUAUUUCAUUUAAAAUUGCAAAAAUAUAUAUUUAUUUGUAAUUUUGAUGCGCACCAUCAAAUAGUAUUCAAAGUAUCUUUCUUCUGGGAUUUUCUAAAAUCAUUAAUUUGAAAGUUAUUUAUUCUAGAUAUUCUAAAUUGCAAAUAUUUUAUUGUUUAUAUAUUUUCUAGAAAUGUAUUAUUUUGUAUGAUUUCUGAAAUUAAUUCCACUGUUGAAUUUCAGGAUUCAGAAUAUGGAAAUGAAGCCAACCAGCCUCGACAAACACACUUGUUUCAACAUAGUGAGUCAAUACCAGGCAGCAAAACAGGACGUUCAUCAGCAUCUGGUGGGCACUACAGCGGAGGUCAUAACCCAAAUUUGGCGAGAAGUAGAGAAUCUUCUAAGCCAUCAGUAUCACCUCAAGGCAACAACUCAGGUGUUAAACCACCACGGGAUGCCAGCAAUAGCAGUGUGUCUUCCUCUCGUUCAUAUAAUGGCAACAGUAGCAGUGGGGGUGGAGCUGGUGGCAGCACUAGUGCAGUCUUUUAUUCAAACCGCCACUACAGUUCUUCAGGCUACAAUGGUUUCAAUGGGGCUUCUCAUUCUCAACAUGACCCAUCUGCAUAUCCGUCUGUCCAGCACCAUUCUUAUCUAUUGUCGACCAAUCCUGGGCCGUCAACGAGAGAUAACAGAGAACAUUAUAUGUCUUAUGGGAAUGGGGCCACAUCACAAGGAGGGAUGCCACUGCAACAAGCACAUCAACGCCCUCCCCCUGUUCCUUUCAGCACCUCUCACAACAGUAACUCAAGGUCAGGAAAUGUUAAGGUGUUCAGCAGGCACAAUGCAGGAGGUAAACAAAGACGGAAAAGUGGUAAAAGAGAUAAUUCCCAAACUAGAGGAGGCAGCAGCGCCAGGUGAUAUGAAGUGGGCUCUGUUGACAGAGCAUGCCUGAUGUAAAAAUCUAUAUACCCCCUAGUGUGUGAUUUCUACAAGAUGAGUAUCUGUGCGACAAGUUAUAUUCUUUAAAUGAAAAUACAGUCAUAUCUAUAGAUUACAAUUAAAUAACUAUUUCGUAUCUAAUUUAUAUAAAAAAUAAUUAUAACAUAUUUCCAUACUAGGCUGCCAAACACAUUGGCCGUCACCAUUGUUUAGCUUUGACAUAACUUUGCUGAGGCUUUUUCCAAAAUUUCAACAAUUAGUCAUGUGAACUUUAAUACAGGAUCAUACUGUGUUUAUCAAGUGUGACCAUAUUAUCAGCUGCCUAACAGAACUGUUUAAAGUGUUAUUGUUUUCAAUCAUUCAAUCAUGCAUCAUUUUUUUGUGCCGGUGGAGGAGGAUAUCAAAGCCAUGGAGUGUUACAGCUUAUUAGUUUAAGGGUAUGAUUUUGUAGUCUGAGGUAAACUUUGUAUAAAAGAUUUGAUGUAAUUAUUUAUUUGACACUAGGCUAGCUAAUUCGGCGUUUAAACCUACAUCUGGGACUGGUGACUAUGACUUUUCAUUAAUAUAUAUUGUUGUUUUGUUGAUUAAUCAGUAAUCUUUAUCAACUCACUUGCCUAGGUAUAUAUUUUUAUGAUAUAAAAUUUUAUAACAUGCAUAAAAUAAUUCAUUUCAUGCAACAAAAAAAUAAUAAAAUAAAGAAAGGUAUCUUUCUUGAAGAGAUAUAAUCUUUUUUUUUUAAGCACUAUGAAAUUAUUUGAACUGAUAAUUUAUUUCAUUUUUGCACAAAAAGUAAAGUUAUCUUUCUAAAAGAGAUAUUAUCUCACAAAAAAAUAUUAAGCACUAUGAGGUGAGUUGAUUCUUACAGUAUUGAUUUGUAUAUGAUCAUGUUGAACUAUAAAAAAUUUUUAAAUUGUGAAUUUUUAGAUGACCAAGUUGAAAUGAAAAUUGUUGUUUUUAAAGAUAAAAGAUAACAAAUUAAAUUUAAAAAAACACCAACGCUGUCAUAGCUUCAUUAUGACUAUACGGUUUUUUAAGUUGGAACUGUUUCUCUAAGUGUGCUGGAUGGGUUGCUUGAAAUGUAAGAUAAUCUGUAUGCUUGUCCCGAAGUUUCUGGAAAUGGCAGCUGUCUAAGUUUAGUUCUAAAAUUUUAAAAUUGUUUCAAAAUAAAUGUCCCCAAAAACAGUUUUCAAAACGAUUUUACCCUCUGGACAUCGACCAACGGUAUUUUAAUAUAAGGUAGUGACUUUAAGUUUUUCCUUUGUACUUUUGUGAUACAUGCGUGUAUAAUAACUUUCUAAAUUUGAACAUUGUAGUACUUACUAAUAUUUAAAGAGAUAUUUUCAUCAUUUCCCUAUUUUGAAAAAGUUUUGAAUGGAAUAAUUUUAAAAGAAAUACAUGAUCAUCGUUUCUUUCUUUUAACCAAAAAAAAAAAUGAAAUAAAUAAAAAAUGAAAUAUUUAAACAGAAAGUAGUGUUUUACAUAUUGACUUGAAUUUUUUGCAUUGAAUUUUGGUUCAUCAAUUAUUUCUAUUCAUUUAUUUUAAGUCCAAAAUUAAUUGAAAUUUUUAAAAAUUAUAAAUAACCUUUUGUUGUCUGUAUGUUAAUUAUAUUUUUUUUACUUGUGUGUGCAAAUCAAUCAAUAUAUUUAUUUUGGUACAGAAAAAGUUCUGAUCAGCAGCAAUGAAAAUUAGGAAUAUCUGAGCUUGUAAUGUGUUUGAAGUGGUGAUAACAACUUUCUGUAGAAAAAAAAAUUCCUGUGCCAUCUACAGUGGCAAUGUGUUUUUAUCACUGUUUUAUGAUAUCAAAACAUAUUUUAAAAAAACUAAAAAAAAACUUGAGAAUGG